AUGGCUACAUCCACGAAAUUGUUGGAAUCAUUAGGUAACUUAGAGAAGGAUUCAUUCAUACCCCUACUCUCCAAUCUGAUCGGCGAAUCCCGACACGUUCAGAACAAUCCACCGGAACUCAUUCCCGAAGAAGACAAAGUAGUGAAGCACCUGUUAAACUCCCUCUUACCCUUCAGCACCACCACCGGCGGCGGUCCCUUAAUCCUCAACCAUGUCACCUAUUUCCCCGGCAGAGGUAACCUCAUCGUCGAGUACCCCGGAACCGUUCCCGGCAAGAUCCUCUCCUUUGUUGGCUGCCACAUGGAUGUUGUCACUGCAAACCCUAACAAUUGGGAUUUUGAUCCGUUUAGUUUGAGUAUCGAUGGUGAUAAACUUAGGGGUCGUGGAACUACGGAUUGUUUGGGACAUGUGGCUCUUGUUGCUGAACUCAUGAGGAAGCUUGGUGAAACUAAGCCGGAUUUGAAAUCGACUGUUGUUGCUGUUUUUAUAGCGAAUGAAGAGAGUUCUGCGAUUACUGGUGUUGGUAUUGAUGCACUUGUUCAAGACGGUCUUUUGAACAAGCUAAAGGAAGGUCCUUUGUUUUGGAUCGAUGUGGCUGAUAAGCAACCGUGUGUUGGAACUGGUGGUAUGAUACCUUGGAAACUGCAUGUCACUGGGAAACUUUUUCAUAGCGGAUUGGCUCACAAGGCUAUCAAUCCGCUGGAGCUAGCCAUGGAUGCGAUAAAGGAAAUCCAGCUGAAAUUUUACAAGGACUUCCCACCUCAUCCUCAGGAACAGGUUUAUGGGUUCGCAACCCCUUCGACCAUGAAACCAACUCAAUGGAGUUAUCCUGGAGGUGGAAUCAACCAAAUUCCAGGGGAAUGUAACAUUUCAGGAGAUGUCAGAUUAACUCCAUUCUACGAUGUGAAGAAUGUAAUGAAGAAGCUGCAAGAAUAUGUGGAUGACAUUAAUGAGAAUGUACAGAAGCUAGAAUCUCGGGGUCCAGUUUCAAAAUAUGUCCUACCAGAUGAAAACUUAAGGGGGAGCCUUACUCUAACUUUUGAUGAGGCUAAUUCUGGGGUCGCUUGUGAUCUCAAUUCGAAAGGUUUCCAUGUUUUAUGCAAAGCAACUGAGGAAGUAGUUGGAAAUGUAAAGCCUUUUUCAAUUACUGGGAGUUUGCCUCUCAUUCGGGAACUUCAGGAUGGAGGUUUUGAUGUUCAGUGUGUUGGCUAUGGUCUGAUGGCAACUUACCAUGCCCAGAAUGAGUAUUGUCAUUUUUCAGACAUGGCACAAGGAUACCAGGUGUUUGUGAGCAUCAUCGCUCAGUUGGAAAAUUGA